UGAACUCGUGAUCUCAGAUCAGAAGUCUGAAGUAUCCAGGUCAAAUUAAGGAGCUAUGGGACUGGAUCAUGGUCCAAGAGUCACUCUGGCUUUCACCCUCAACUGCACGGCCUUCAGCAUGGCUAUGUCUGCAGUAAUGACCAGCCACUGGUGCGCAGGGACCAGGAAGGUGGUAAAGCCCUUUUGCACGGGCCCGGUGAAAAUCAAGCAGACCUACUGCAUUCACUUUAACAGCUCUGACGUGAACAACACACAGCAGGUGCAGUACAUUUAUGAAACUGGAGAGGAGAAGUACCUGAUGAGGAAAUUCCACACGGGCAUCUGGUUUUCCUGUGAACAGGCUGUGGACCUAGUAGGAUUUAGCUGCCGAGAUUUUUUUGAGAUUGCCCCAGAUCAUGAAAGAGGGGUGCUCUGGCUGUGCGUCGUUGGCGAGUGUCUGUAUAUCUCACUGCUGUUUACUGGAGGCACACUCAUGGUAAUGGAAAUGAGUCACUGCUGUAACACAAUGAACAGACUUAAGCUAAACGCUUUUGCGGCCCUGCUCACAGCACUCGCAGGUCUGUUCGGCAUGCUGGCACAUAUGAUGUUCACUACGGCUUUCCAGCUCGCAGUAAUUCUAGGUCCAGAAGAUUGGAAACCCAAGACCUGGGACUACAGCUGGUCUUAUCUUUUGGCCUGGGCCUCCUUUGCCACCUGCAUGGCAUCAGCUGUGACCGCCCUCAACCACUACACCAAGACCAUGAUCCAGUUCAAGUUUAAGAGACACAAUAUCCAAAAUAAUCUGGAGCUGAUGGAAAUGGACAUGCCUGUCAACUACUGGGACAUGUAUCUGAACUCAGACCCUCAACCUCCAGACCAACACGUGCACCUGGCUGUAAACGGGAACAGAUUCUGUUCUGCAGGACUAGACACUGAAGGACUGGACUCACCAUGUGAAGAAUACUGCUGAGGUUCUGUAAACAUCAACAACUGCUUUUAUUUUGGUCUCAUUUGUCUCACUUUAAAGUCUGUAAGAGUUACUAUUAAAACCAGAACAUUACAGUUGAAGUCAAAAGUUUACAUACGUCAUGGGGUGGACCAAUAAGCGCUGGCAAAUGAAUUUACCAGUGUGCUUUAGAUAGACAGACAUACAGAUGGCUGGCUGGAUGGAUGGAUGGAUGGAGAGAUGGACAGUUAGAUAGAUAGAUAGAUAGAUAGAUAGAUAGAUAGAUAGAUAGAUAGAUAGAUAGAUAGAUAGAUAGAUAGAUAGAUAGAUAGAUAGAUAGAUAGAUAGAUAGAUAGAUAGAUAGAUAGAAUCAAUAAUGUCAUUUAUCUUUGUGUCAAGGGCUCUUAAUUUUGUGUUAGCGAUUGAUUUAAUGUAACUGUUUACUUAUCUG